AUGUCGUCCGUGAUGGAAAUGAUGAAAGGAAUGAUUGUCGAUGAUCAUGGAACUUCUGGAGAAAGAGAAGCCGUCCGCCGCGAGUGCUCCGUUCAAAACGAUGAGCACCCUGGACUAUCUCCAUCUUUUCCGGUCCUUGGUUCUCGGAAUCGACGCGCCGGAAAUGAACGAAACCGUCAGAGGCUCAAUGAGAAUAUCGAGACUUUGGAGAAGAACGACUCGGUUUGCAGAUGGUUCAAACCAGAAUUGCAAAUUCAUUUUAUUUUACAGAAAGUUCCACUGGAAACCAUCCGAUCUUCGCUCGACACGAUUCUCGAUCAAAUUCCGUGUUGCAAUCCGAAAAAGUGA